GGCUGCCACACUCCCGCCUCUGCCCCGGACGGUGUUGACAGGAAGAACAGGCUCCUCUUCAGGCAGACAUCUGAGAAGACGGCCUCCACCUCCUCCUGACAUGGCUGACACCAAGAUGCUCUUCUGCUUCUUCGCCAUCAUCAUCUGCUGCUGCUCAGUGGCGAUGGCGCAGAUACCCGUGGACUGCUGCUUGUCCGUCAUGAACCAAACCCUGGAUAAGAAACUUGUUGCAGAUUAUUACCCACAGGCCAAAGGCUGCACUCUGGACGCCACCAUCUUGGUGACCAGGAAAGGAAGAAAACUGUGUGCACCGCAUGAUGAGCCGUGGGUCCAAGACGUGAAGAAGCACGUGGAUCAUUUGAAGAAACUCUGCAAGAAGCAAGGCUACAAGGGAAAGCGCUGCUUUGGCGUGAAGCACCAGUGAAAAAAAGAGAGGGACUCGAAAUACCGACCUUUGUGAAGCUGCUCCGACUCAUCCUGUUACUGAAGAGGCUCCCUUAUCUCAUCCCUAAAUAUUUAAGCUACAGUUGGAACUGAAAUGAUUACUUUUGUGGAAUUGAUGUUCUUUUUUUAAGCAUGAUUAACUGUGAAUCGGUCAAUUAAGUGAGGAUACUUUUCUAAAUAUCUGUGACUCUUUGAAAACUAUCUUUAUUUCUGUUCAGGAACUGUAAAAACAGCCUUAUGAGAAAAAAGGUGAAAAUUAUUAAAAUAAAAAAAUGCCUUUACAUAAAAUACCUGCCAAUAGGGAAAGCAAAUGUUCCUACCAAGAUUUAUUAUUUUAGGAAAAAAAUUGUAAACUAACAUUAUUUUUCUAUUGGAAAAAACUCUAUUGAAAAGAUUAUUUUUCUUGCAAGACCAAAAAUGAAACAUUUUUUCUUGAAACAAGUCUUUUUACUUCUUACGGUUGCAUUUUUGCACUUAAUUCUGGCUGAAUUUAAGCCCAAAUGUUGGAGAAAAAGUCAUAUUUAUAAAUCCGUGAGCAUGAGGGUCAGCUUGGUCUUUCAAUUCAAGUUCAGUUUGUUGCAUAUUGUUUUUACAUUUAGUUUUCCAGCUUCCUGAUUCUAAAUCACAGCUGGUUCUGGUAGCUGUUCCAGUCCAUUCAUUAUUUUACUUACAUGUUUUUCUACUUUUCCGUUUGCUAUUUGGACACAGCUUUGUUUUUAUUUUUAAUCAUUUUAAAUAAUUUGCUCGUUAUGCUAAUCUCUUUUCUAACAACUUUGGUGCAAAUCAUACAUAUCAAAUGUUUGUGAUUCAUGAUUGUAAAUGAGCUCUGAUUUUUUUUACUUGUUUUCUUUGUCAGAAGUAUGUUGCAUUGUAACAAGAUUCCACUCUUGCAAUACUGAUGUUUAGCAUCUGUCAGAUUUACUUAAUUACACGUUUUCUCUAAAA